GGAAAGGGAAUUUCCAAUUUUCGUGUUUGCUGUUGGUUCCAAAAUAUAACAUGUCAGAGUUAGAUUAUCUCAAUGAACCACAGUGCAUGAAACACGGAGCCAGAUGGCGAGCAAGAUUCCAGCAAUUAAUGAACAUCUUAAGAGCUAAAUUCACAAAGCAAUAUUUCCACAAAGUAGGCGAGGCCAUUUGUACAUGCGGACCAGACGAUGAUAUUUUCAGGUUUUUGCCGGAAAAAAUCCAAGAGAAACGUAUUAGAAAAUCAAAAGAUACAAGGUGGGCAGAACUAAUAACUGAUGAAGUAGCUGAGGAAUGUUAUAAAUAUUUUAACAAUUAUAUCGAAACAAACUUUGACAAAACAAAAGAUGAGUAUGGACAUCUAAAAGAUAUAUUACAUGUUUUGAAGGAACGUGGACAAUUAUCUAGUAGACUUAAUAGUGCUAAUAGGUUUCUUUAUGUUUUCUACAAGUUUGAUAAAGAUAAAGAUACUUCAUUAUUAAAUCCACCCCCAGAACCUCCUAAAAAGGAGGAGGUAAAAGAUGGUGUUAAAGAAGAGCCAAUGACACCUGCUGUACCAUUAGAGAAAUUAGAUAUGCACUUAAAAUCUUUAAGGCCUGAAGAUGUAGGAAAUUUCAUUGGAAAGAAGGGAAUCCAUAUAAGGAGACUUCUGAAAGAAAAACAGGGAAGCAAAAUAACAAUGGGAAAAGAAGAGGGUCAUGUUAAGAUUGAAAUAGAAGCAACAAAAGAAGACUUGCAGGAAAUAAAAGAUAGACUUUUACAGAGAGAAGCCCUGGUCAAUCAGGCAAGGCGUCAACACGAAGAAUCAGUUAGGCAGUAUAAUGAGAUGAUGGGUGAACCAUCAUCAAUGGACUACCAGUCAGCUGAAGAAAACAUGGAUCAGUAAAUUCAAGAUUUUUCAAGAGGAGGCACAGUCCAGGUUUAUUCUAAACAAAUUCUGUGAGAAAACUGAACCUGUUUUUAUGUCAGAUUAUAUGGUAUUUGGUGAAGUGAUAAAAAGUACUGAGUAUUUAAUACAGAACUUUUAAUAUACUAAGUUGGAUAUUUUAUUUGUAGUAUAAAAACAAUAAACCACUUAGUUUUGAA